CGGAAGUGCGGGCAUCUGCCCAACCUCACAGUUCGCGGGAGGAGAAGCUCCAUCCAUUUGUCCAGUUUUGCGACCUUUCAAGUCUCCACUCUCCAUCCUCCAUGGCCGGCACCACGCAGUCCAGUGGGCUUGUCUCAAGCGUCUUUGUUGGACAGCAGCAGGAUGUCAUGGCAUCUCCGCCGUCCCUCGCUCCCAUGCUACCACCUCAACCGGGGUGUUGCCCUCGUUGUGUAUAAACAUCCUGCCUCCCGGUUUCCCUCGUGCUUCCUUCUCUACCUCCAUCACCAGCCUCCUCGCAGUCACUCGUGAUACCAACCGGCUAUUUCUUAGGUUCUUUCUCCCUGCCAUCAAGUAACUCGUUCGCUAAGGUUACUUAUAAGACCCUCGUUGCUUCCGUCCUCUACGACCUUCGCUACAAGCCAGUCAGUCGCUGUUGAUAUCCCCACUCACUCAGUCAACAUGAGAGCAGCUCUUUCCCUCCUCGCCCUCGCGGCCACCACCCUUGGCGCCAACAUCCCCCGGGGUAAGAAGUGGGAGACCGUGGUCACCGAGGUUGUCGUGACCUACACUACCGUCUGCCCCGUCACCGAGACCUACACCAAGCCUGGUCACACAUACACCACCACCUACACCACCACCAGCACCGUCAAGACCGUCAAGCCCACAACAAUUGUGGUUACCGAGACUGGCCCUGCCGUGACCAAGACUGCCGAUGAGGUCGUCUACACCACCCUCACUUCCCUCUGCCCUGUCACUGAGACCACUGUCGUCGAUGGCUCUACUGUCGAGGUGACCUGGACCUCCACUUCCACCAUCAUCAAGGUUGCUCCCACCGAGGUUGUUGUUACCCAGACUGCUCCUCCAGUGACCAAGACCAACGCUGCUGUCGUUGUUACCACUCUCACUGAGCUCUGCCCUGUCACCGAGACCACUGUUGUCGAUGGCUCCACCAUCGAGAUCACCUGGACCUCGACUUCGACCAUUGUCACCAAGGUUGCCCAGACCGAGACUGUCUACACCACGUCCCUGGUCACCGAGUAUGAGACUACUGAUGUCUACGAGACUGUCACCUGCCCCGAGACCACCUACACCACUGUCAUCGAGGGCGAGACUGUCAAGGUCACCAAGACCAACACUAUCACCAAGGCUGUCACCGAUGUUCACUACGUGACUGAGAUCAUCCCGGUCACCAUCACGGAGCAGGUCGAUUACAUUGCCACUGUUCCCGUCACUGACCGCAAGACUGUCACCGGUUACUCCACCGUUGUCGUCUCGGCCAGCAACAUCAUCUACACCUCGGAGCCCCUGCCUCCUACCACCAUCAUCAUCCCCACCUCGGUCACCGCUGCCCCCAUCCCUACCACCACUCCCAACAACGGCACCGCCCCCAUUCAGACUGCCGGUGCCAACGCCAACAACAAGGCCCCUGCCGCGGCCUUCAUUGCUGGUCUCUUUGGUGCUCUUGCCAUGCUCUGAGCUUUCGGCAACUGGGAUUUUCUGUUUUCGGCUUAACAUUCUUAUCGAUCCUUUGAUUGAGGAGCUGUUCGGUUCUUUUCUUCACUUCACAAUGGUUUCCAAGCGAAGCACCUUUUUGCUCGACUCAGCUCACCGGGGCUGUUGAUUUCUUUUUUUUGAGAUACCACUUGCGUGAACAGCGAAGAGAACAUACCGGAUACACUGGACACACCACACCACAUAGGCGCAUACAGGGCGCACCACGCACACAUACGGAGCACAUUCUGCCUAGGAGGUACACAUGGGAUCGGAUCGGAUCGGACAUACGACACACUGCACUUCACUGCGCAGAAAAGGGGUCGGCUUAUCGGAGUUCUUUUGGCUUUUUUGACUUUUCUACCAUUCGAUGGGGUGUGGUGCAAGCAGACGCAAACGCAGGGCCAAGGCGAAGCUGAUACCCCUAGACCCGGAUCUUCCUUUUUACAAAAAGGAAAAGGUUUGGGGGCGUGAUAGCUUGGAAAGGGGGGGAGGGGAAGGGGGUUGAUUGGUCGGCUGGAUCGGGAGUGGUGGGAGUGAUUGGGUGGCAACACACAUUUUUAAUACCUAACUUCGUGUACAUAGCCAACUUGAGGGUAGGCAUAGGGACUUAACAAAUAGAUUGGGGAAUAUUCACACUACUAUCGUGACGACUUUCUUUGCUAGUGACUCCAUCAUGGACCAAUCCACCAUAGACUCUUCAUAAGACAUGAGGAUUCAAAGCUUUCUGCGUG